AUGUUAGAUCGUUAUGUUUAUCGACGUGAGCUGCAGUAUGAACAUACUUGUUGCGCAACACCUGAAAAUCUUCAAGGCACACCUGUAUACAGACUUAAUCAUAUUGCUGAUUGCACAUUUUUAUUCGGUGCUCGUUACGGUUUAUCACAGCUUUCUGAAAUUGCAGUUGUAUUUUUGUUUCUUAUCAUUUUUGCUUUGUCAGCUGCCUUGUUGAUUUUGAUUGCGUACAAGCGGUUAGAGCGACAUCAAAAGAAGAAAUAUGCAGACGUAACGCAAUCACAAUCGAGGAUAGCACUGACGCUAUCACAGCACCUCAGCAAUUCGCCAACGUCAUUAACUGAACCGUUAACUCCACCACCGGAAUCACCGAUUUCCGGGAUUUCAACAAAAAUGCCACCACCACCACCACCCAUUCUAGCUAGCAUUUGA